AUUUACAGCUCAAACGCUGUGUGAGAGUGUGUGUGUGUAUUUGUGCGUGUGUGCGUGCGCAUUUCCUGCUCAGUAAAAAGAGGAAGUUCAAUUCAAACUGCUUCUGCUGCUGACGGUGAGUGAAGGGGUCUCUGUGAUAUGUUCACCGCCUGAUGAUCUGGGCUGUUUUGAUCAGCAGGAAGUGAUGUCUGUUGACUUCCUGCUUGCUAUGGGGUCUCCCGGUCCAGGUCCUGAGCCUCAUCGCCGAUCUCUUCCUUGCUGAUGACUUCACUGAUUAGUCUGCAGUUUCUGAUUGGCUCCUGGUCGGGUCCUGAUCGGGUUCUGGUCCUCGGACAGGAAGCUGACGCCUUUUCCUGGAUCUGAGCUCAGAGUCAAAGACCAGAGGAGGCCUCUGAUCCUCCCGAGUCCCUGAAAACACUCUCUGAGCUCCUAACUCAGUCCGUGAAGCUCUGCAGGUGAAGCGUCCGGUCACGCCUGCGUGUCAUGCGCUAGUUUGUGUCACACAUUGAGUUUUUGCGAUUUCCCAUCAUGCUCCUGCAAACAGCUGAUCUGUGGAGCAGGUGCUGAGUGAACGUCACCAAACAAACUGCCAGUAAUGUGAACUGUGUUUGAGCUGAUGAAGAAACGGACUGAACAUCGCUCUGAGGUUCACGCCUCGCACUCUGCACCUGCAGCUUCACCUGCGCAGGACAUUAGGGGAGAAUAUUUAACGUUCACAACACGCAGUUUAAUAACCCGCGCAGAAACAAAGCAUCUUAUGUUCCUGGCCUAACCUUACUGCCCACGGAGGUGCGUCUGAUAACACACCUGAGGACUGCGCUCACACACCAUUUUGGCUUUUUUUUAGAAAAUCUGGCUGUAAAUCAACAGCCUGAGCCAAGUGUGCCAUCUGCUGGGACGAGCUCAGAAUCAAAGGUGAUGAUGUAAUAAUGAUUGGCUCCACCCCCUGCAGUAUCUGCACGCACCACCAGGGGGCAGCCGCCAAGACUUUAUGAAUCUUUAAGGCUGGAGACAAAGAACUGAGCAGAUUAUACGAUCUGCAAACAUCAGUCUUCAUCGUCUUAAACUCCUCCUCCUUCUUCUCACAUGUUCUCACCUGAGGAGCCCUCUGAUUGGCUGAGAUCCUUUGUGAAGAGUUUUAAUCUUUACCAGGAUUUCAUCUGAACUUUCAUGUAUCCAUCCACAGCUGUUCCUCACCAGGAGUGACUCCAAGGAAGCUUUACAGACUCCUUCAUCUCUCCUCUUUGUUUUUGUGGAGGCUCAUCAGAGUUCUGAUAUUUUUCCGAGCUGACCCUGAAGGUACCGCAGUGAAAACACUCCUCACCUGCAGAGGACCACCCACUGCACACACCUGUUCAGUUACUGUAGCUGGAGAUCAGGUGUGUCAGCUUCACAGCAAACAGAGGAACAAUGAAGCCCCUCCCUUGUUCACCUGUUCAGGUCUGCUCCAGGACCCUCAAGCCCCGCCAACAUCCAGGACAUGGAACUGAGGGAGGAGUGGCAGGAUGAUGGCUUCCCCAGACCACUUCCAGAGGAUGACACAGAAAGUCCAGCAGGAGAAUCAGCUCCGGUCACCAGCCUCACUCUAUCGGGUGGAGGCGGAGCUAAGAAGCGUCUGGUGGCACCGUCUCUGAGUCUCACGCUGAACCGCCGUGACUCGAACGAUCGGAACAGCUUCUCUGCAGCCGCGCUGUCAGGGACACCAGACGACACACCGUCGCUUGACAUCAACCUGGAAGCUCUGGAGACGCCAUCAGACAGUGAGACAGGAACGCUGCCGGACAGCAUGCACGACCUGGAGUGGGACGACGACCUUCCUCGGAUGGGCAGAGGUGGAGCUGUGGGUGUGGCCAGAAAUCCGAUGGAGCAGUCCGAAGGUCUGAUGGAGCUGGAUCAGGUGGACAGCAGAGGGCGGCGCUGGAGGCGGUUCUGCAUCUCAGGACACGAAUACCAUGUCAACAUGAGCGUCCUGGAGCCGUACCUGCAGGUCCUGUCGCAUGGAGGCUACUUUGGAGACGGGAUGAACGCCAUCAUCCUCUUCACUUCCUGUUACCUGCCGGAGAACACAGUGGAAAACUACGAGUAUGUCAUGGAAAACCUGUUCAGGUACAUUGUGGGGACGCUGGACCUGAUGGUCUCAGAGAAUUACCUGCUAGUCUACCUGUGCGCCAUGGCUCCCAGAAAUAAGCUGCCCUCCAUCAAAUGGCUUCACCAGUGCUACACGUCCAUUGACAGGAGGCUGAAGAAGGACCUGAAGGGGCUGCUGGUCGUCCAUCCCGCCUGGUACAUCAAAGCUCUCAUCACGCUGGUCAAACCUUUUAUCAGCGAUAAGUUCAGCAGGAAGAUCCGCUUCAUUCAGAGUCUGCAGCAGCUGUCUGAGCUCAUCCCCACAGACCAGCUGCAGAUCCCCGACGCCAUCCGCCAGUUUGAUGAGAAGCUGAACAGAUGACCCUCUCAUACGUCACACUGGAGGGACCCAGGAGGCCACAGGGCCAGGAAGCCUGCUGACCUUUGACCUGUGGCGUGUACAUAUGAGCAGACUGCUGUACGUCUGUGUGCUGGUGGCGUUCGGACUCGGAGAGGACGAACAUGCUAACGGGAACUCUGCUGCUUCUUUCCUCUAAACUUGAACAAACGCUAACUUACUGUUUAUUUAUUGGCGUAUUUAAGAUGGCGGUGAGAGCGAGACACCCGACACAUCGCGCCGUCACGUUUCUGUCUGAGCCUCAGAUCUAUGAACGUGUGGGGGGUGGGGCUAAUCGGGCUCUGUAAUCCAGGUGAUAGAAUCUGUUUUGGUUUUCAUGUCCAGGUGAAACACGUGAGUGGAGCUUCACUGUGGAAAGUUGCUGACUGGUUGCUGACUGUGUUUCACUUCCUGUAAUAAAGCAUGGAUCAAGCAGCCUGACUCGUCCUGUUUGUUUCAUGAGGUCCCGUCUACCUGAAAACGCGUGAUGCUGACUCACGGUUUGCGACCUCACCGCCGUUUCAGGGUCAGCAGCGGGCUCUUAGGCUUGACGAGGUAAUGUUGACAGCUGUGGACAGGACAAUUAUUUCGUUUUUCUUGAGUUCACAGAAUUAUUCAUUUUCCACACAGUGUAAACGCGAGUGCUUACUGGCUGAAAUGAUUGUCAGGUGACCUGUAUUCUUCUUUCUGAAUGGCCUGCAGGGAACAGCUCAAUCCAAACAUCAACAGUAUCAACACCAACGUGAGUUCAGCCCACUGAACUGUGUCAGAGCGCCCUGCUGUGACUGUGAUUUACGUCUUUUCUCUCACACGUCCAAACCUUUCCGUGAUCACUCUCGUCUGUUUUUUACAGCCUGUGCUCGUCUCCAAGUGCUCUACGUUCAACUUUCCAAAACGCACAAUUUCAAAAUAAAAGCUUAAAGGUGUUGUGUUAAAUCAUUAUUGUGAAAAGUGAAAGUCACAGUGGCACGCACACUGCUGCUUUCAUAAAGGUGUCAGUAUUGGAAAUACUAUGACAUUAGGGGUGUCCAAGUUCAUGGGCUGCAUCCUCCUGAGGCCGCAUUUGUAGGCCUAUUACGUCACAGCGACGCGAUGAAGCCUGUCCAAAUUCAAAAGCUGCUCCAAAUGCGUUCCCCUUUUCCCAGAUUUGAAGGAUGGGUCGGGUGUAUCCUUUGUGGCCCAUAUUAUCCCAGAAUUCAUAUUCAUAUUCCAGUUUCCAACAAUGGCAGCAGCUACUUUUAAUAUUACUCUAUGUCACAAAACAUACUUUCAGGCAAAAAUGUAGCUGCGUGAACUUCAAAUAUCUGCUCGGCUUAUCACGAUAUCACAUAUUUGCAAAAGUGUUCCGUGGUCUUUGGCUACUCAGGUCAAACAUGAUAUAUUAAGUCAAUUAGAUACUUAUAAAUGUUAUUGUUUGGCUUUUUUCAGUGUCUGAUUUGUUUGUGAGUAAAUCGGUUUGGCUGAGAUUAAAGUUAUAGUUCUCACACAGCUGAAUAAACAUCAAACAGAAAACUGAUUAAACAGAAGUGUGAGAUGGUCGAGAGUUUACUCCAGUGUCCUGUUAUGUAAGCAGUGUGGGCUGUUUCACCUGCACCAGAACUCAACUGUUUACAUACAGUGGCUUGCAAAAGUAUUCGGCCCCUUUGAAGUUUCCCACAUUUUGUCACAUUACAGCCACAAACAUGAAUCAAUGUUAUUGGAAUU